AUGUCUGCACCCAACUCCAGGAAACGAGCGACACCAGGAGCAUCGCCUAUGGUGCCCAUACCGCAGCAAAUGCAACCACAAUACAACGCAGGAAACGGGGCAGGCAGCCAGGGACUGCGAUGGAAUGGGAUGGCCGACCCCUCAAACUACAUGAAUGGAGUCGACGGGAUGAUGGACGAAAAUGCCAACGCGUUUGGUCUCGUCCCGGCACAGCAGCAAUAUUCUCAGCCCGUGCCGACGCCAUCAAACACAAUUGCGCGGCGACAAAUGAAUCAUGCGCUUGUUCCGACAAACCAACGGAAUUUUGAUGGGGCUGUUGAGCCCUGGGGAAACUUUGUCGGUGAUGAAAACACACUACUUCAAGGAAAUUUCGAAAACUUGAAUGAGCAGGACAAUAUCGAGGUGUUGGAGGAGAGGGCCCAAAAGGCAAAAAAGGAUGCGCUAGCCAAGCGCAAGCAGAUCCCACCAUUUGUGCAGAAGCUGAGCAGUUUCCUAGAGGAGCGCAAAAACGAAGACUUGAUCCGAUGGUCGGAAAAGGGAGAUUCGUUCGUUGUGCUUGACGAGGACGAAUUUGCCAAGACUUUGAUCCCAGAAUUGUUCAAGCACAACAACUACGCCUCUUUCGUUCGGCAACUCAACAUGUAUGGCUUCCACAAACGCGUGGGGCUGUCAGACAAUUCCAUGCGAGCUAGCGAGCGCAAGAACAAGAGCCCAAGCGAAUACUCCAACCCUUAUUUCCGACGAGGACACCCAAAUCUUCUGUGGCUGAUCAACAAGCCCAAGAGCGGGAGCAAAGCUAAGAAGGGCUCAAAAGGUGCUGAGGGGGACAAUGACAGUGAAGACGAGGUUGCGAACGAGGAGGUACUCACCUCUGGGCUGGGGCCUACUGCUGCCCAACCUCCUCGAUCUUUGCCAGCUGGUGAAUCUCAGCCAGUGCCCAAAAAAGAGAUGGGCCUUAUUCGUGAAGAGUUAGGUAAAGUUAGGGACCAGCAGAAGCUCAUUCUCGGCGCAAUAAGUCGUCUGCAGCGGAACAACACCGAGCUGUACAACCAGGCCCUCAUGUUUCAGAGCCAGCACGACCGUCACCAGAAUUCCAUCAACGCGAUUCUCAACUUCCUCGCCAAUGUAUUUAGGAAAACACUGGAAGAUCAGGGCAAUUCGCAGAAUGUUAGUGACAUUAUCUCGAUGAUCACGAACCAAACCAGCAACCAGCAGUCUGCCCAGCACGGUAGUGUGUAUGAGCUGGGCGAGUACAUCCAUCAGAUGCACCCCAACUCAUACGGGGCACCCAAGAAGGCCAGAGGGCUUUUACCGGCACCUCAUCAGACAGUCAGAUCAUCUACUUCAAGUAGGUCUACGCCUGGCAGCACAGCGUAUCAGCCUGUCAGCCACCACAACCAUAACCCUGAGAUGGGUCAUGUCACAGAACUCGUCGACAAUUCCCCGAGCGACUCAACCUCCCCCAACCUUCGCCAGGAACUUGAGGCAAAUCCCGAGGAACGAAUGAUGAGCCUCAUCAAUGAACACAAUAAACAUAACAACGGCCAUGGCAUGGAUAUUCCAGACGCAGCAGAUUUAGUUGCCAGUGCGCCUAACGCAUUGAGCAAUGCUCAGCGAAACAAGCUGGUAAACUUUAUGGCCGGGCAGUCCUCUGCUGCUCCUUCGGGCAGGUCAACUCCCGCACCAACUCCUGUCUCUGCCACACCAGUCCCUACUCCUGCACAGAUCCCUACAUCUAAUUCCCACAUGGCCAUGCCCACCAUGUCUACCGCUGCCUCUGUCUCACCCCCACCAGCCGAAUCCGUCCCACCCCCUUCGCUCUCCCCUAUCAUGGGCCCGCCAAUGGCGCCGCCUUCUAUCAACGAAAUCAACUCCAACUCGAUCGAUCUGGACCACCUUCAGCGCCUCCAGAGCGAACAGGACGCCAAGAUAAGCGAGCUCGGUAAUAUGCUAGGACCGUUGAGUCCUUCUGGACAUGUCCCCGGGUUGAGUGAUGACGCGGGAGCGUACUUCGAUCCCCAGUCGACCGAUUUUGAUCAGUUCUUUGACAUCAAUGCACUGUCAGGUGAACAUCAAUUUGGCGAUGGCAACGAUUUCAACUUCACUCUCGACACAGACCCACACCAUCAAAACCAAGCGUCACUGCACCCAGGACAUGUGAUGCCACAUGCGAGCCACACCAAUACACCCAGUCCUGCCGGAACAGAAGAAAUACCCCGUGACGAUUUACGUUUCUUUACAAAUAUCGUCCGUCAAGCCGGCCUCGACGGCAACCAUCCACCAAAGCUUCAAGCGACUAUUCAGCAAAUCAAUCAAAUCACUCCAAAAAGAGACAACUCUUUCUUCUCUCAAAAUGUCUUCCUUUCGGACCAAACUAAUCUCAACCCCUGGGUUCAGGAUCUGCAUGCCUCUGAGCAGCGACAUGGAAACAGAUCGAUACGUCUGCCACCUCAACAUCAGGGACCUAGAAAGAUGGAAGUGGUCUCUCAAUGUACCGGCGCAAAUGACGGUAAGUGGACAAUAGGUAACUCGUCUUUCCCACUAGAUGAGGCUAUGGACCCGGCCGGGUACUCGCCUGUUCCCAGCCCGGACUCGCCUGCCAGUGUAUCUUCGUGCGACUCGCUAAUGUACACACUUGAAGAGAUGCGUCUUUUCAUGCCCGGAGAGGAGGGUCUCAUAAACACCGAGACCAUCGCGGAGCGGAUGAAAACGAGCCUGAUCCUUGAAGGUACGUGGACCCCUCCCCCCUGUCGCGACUACGAAGGUCCUCUUGCUGCUUGCUUUCGCAUCAUGGCCAUUGAAGAAGAGCGGGAUGAAAUUCGCCGAACCGUAUUCGGAAAGGCCAAGGAGACUUUACAAUCUCGUCUUGCUAGAGAUGCCCCCAAGGGAUGGGAGCAUCUCUAUCCCAUCAUCUACGAUGGACUGAGAGGGUAUGGCGCAUUCAGAUUCCCUCCGUACCAUCCCAAACAGCGGGCGUAUCUCCUGACCCGAGAGUUCAGGAACGGUAUGUAUGUCGUGUCUAGGAUCCGAAAUCUCAGCGCUUGCUCGCAGAGCGAGAUCAUGAAGUUGCUUGGUGGGAUUGGAGACACCGGACGGGAUGACAUGAUCUAUGUUGCUAACCAAGAUGAGGAAAUCCCCUACCGUUUCAUAAACGAAGAGCCUGUUUACGUUGACUGGCGAGGGCCUUCUUGGAUAUAA